AUGAAUACGUUGCCAGCAAAUAGAACAUUGAACACAUUCAAUGGUAAUAAUGCUAGACGUUCAAGUAUCUCAGCAAUACGUUAUGCUCGAUCGACAUCAUUGUAUUUUCCUAAUACAGAUACAGAUGAAGAAAGUCGUAGUCAAUUACUUACAAGUGAAAGUAUUGCAGAAACACGUAGAGCUGAAACAAUGAAUCGAUUAAAUCGUAUCGAUGUUAAAAGUGAAGGAUCUAGGAAUUUAACAAAUCCAUUAUUUGAUAGUAUGAGCAGUAUAGACCAACCAUGGUUACGUGGUUAUGGUCAAACUGUUGUGUUAUCUCCACCAAAAAUUAAUUUACCUGUUCAACAACAAAAUUCACACCAAUCGCAACAACCAUCCUCCAUGGAACACGAUACCGCUAGUACCAUUCAAGAUAUGCAACAUUCAAUACGUUUACCUACACCUAGAAGUCCUAAUAUAAUGCAUGGAGGUUAUGGUGCCUUGCCACCUUUACAUUAUGGUGCAUCGAUAAGAGAUGGUUACGCGAGCAGUAGUGGAGGUGUUGGAAUUGGGGCAGGAGGAAUUGGGAGUGGUAGGAAAAAAAACAAAAAGAAGUUAUCUUGUUUAUCUUGUCUACAUGGAACUAAUAAAGUUGAAUCGUCAACAAAUUUCUAUUCAUCAUCUGAUGACUUAAACUUAAUAGAUGACCUAAAUAAAUCAGAUGGACAUGAAGUGAAUAAACGAGAACAACAACAAAAUCCAUAUAUUAUCUGUUUGUCGAUUGUCUUCGCUUUGAUGGACAUUCUUUUAUUGAUCGGGUUGACUUUACUGAUAUUCUUUUUCAACUGUUCUGCUGAUGGAUGGUUGUACACAGACCCUAGAAUUCGAUCAAUUUGUGUUACUUUAUGGGCUGAUUGGAUACCUUUGUAUCAAAGAAAGUUUCAAUGUCCUGAUAUACCACCCGGUUAUGCAGAUAGUAUUAUUAGUAGUAGCGGUGUUAGUAAUCUCGGUAAUAUUGGUGAGUCAAAUCUUAAUCUGAAACCUCUGUUGGAACGUAUGAAUAUGCUUAGUAAACAACAACAAACUGCUGUAUCAUCAUCAUCGUCCUACCCUACAUUAACCACACCUAAUCCAUUAUCUCAACUAUCACAAUAUCAAUCAAAAUGGAAUAUUUAUGAUGUAAAAAGAAUUAAUCCAGAAUUUUGGGAUGGUGAUCUAGGAUUAAUGAUUCCACCAAAAUUAAUUAUUCCUUCUAUGGAACAACAAUUAUAUGGACCAAGAGAUACUGUUAAACAAUUAUAUGGUCGUAAUUAUCCAACUGAUAAACAAUUUAUACAAGGAAUUAAAAAUGAUCAUCAAUGGUUACAAUUUUCACAAUCACAAACUGAUCUUUAUCAUCAUAUGACAAUUAGUUCAAUUGUUACCUGUUCAAUAAUUAUACCGCUAAUACUAAUUUGUUUCUCAGAAAUCACUUUCUAUUUCUUCAACUGUUGUCAAACGUGCUUAACGAAAACUAAUUCAAAACUAUGGGGUACUAUGAAAUUUAUUGGUCAAAUUUAUCGUCUAUUCAUUACGUACAUUUUUGGUCUUCUUACAACAAUGCUUUUAGUCUGGUUAAUUAAAGUUUCUGUUGGACGUCUUCGACCAGAUUUCAUUCAAAUAUGUCGUCCAUCUGAAAAUGUUUGUCCUAAAUGGUAUAGAAUAAUACAAAAAACACGUCAAUCUACAGAUGAACGCAGUGCAAUUGAAUCAGAUCCACAACUAUUAGAUUUAAUCGUUGCACAAUUAGCUAAACAAGGUAAAUAUUUAGUUACAGUAGCUACAACACCUUCUCCGGAAUCAUCAACUGGUCACUUAUCAGAUGGAUUAUUUACAAAUGCAGAUUGUAUGGAGAAUAAUAUUUUAAAACUUAAAGAGGCUAGAACGUCAUUUCCUUCACUGGGAGCAGCUGUUUCGAUGUAUGCAGCAAUUUUUGUAACAGUCUAUAUUACUGCAUUAAUGAAAAACUUCCGAGAUGCCUGUCUUUGCAUUCCAUUUCUGUCAUUACUUGGUGUUAGUCUAAUUGCUCUAAUCCUUGGUGUCAAUAGAGCGAUUUACAGAAAUAACUGGUUUGAAGAUAUUUUAGCCGGUUGGAUUAUCGGUAUUUGUAUAGCUAUAUAUGUUUGUUUUAAAGUUUUAUACAAUCGUGACAAAUUGAAUGAUUUAACUAAUUAUGAUUUAAAUCGUCGUUUGCAUAGAAUUCAAACUUUAAUUCAAACUCAUCAUGAUUAUAAACAAUCUGAGGUAAGAUUAGUUUUAUCCUUAG